AUGAAUUGGGAUGCGCGAGUGGGAGCUGCAGUGAACUGGCGCUUGACCUCUAGUUUGACGCAGUGGGUCUGGAAACAGCACCAACCCCGCUCAAAAACGCUAUACAAACAACAAAUAGUAAACGCUGUAAACAAAUUAGCAUCAGAUUUCAGAUGCUCAGAUGUUCCGCGAGUGCCGAUAUUGGUUAGUGAGCAGCGCAGUGAUGAUGCCACUGGGCGCAUGCUCAAAAUGCUCCCGCAGUUGAACGGUGCGCAAAUUCUCGCACUAUCAAACGUGACUUGA